AUGUAUAUCCAAGAUAGUGAGAACGAAAAUAACAAAAAAUUUUUAAAAACAACCAUUAAAAAAAAUAGAAACAAAAAUAUUGAAUUCGAAGUAAAAAAAAAUGAUUACAUAUGCAUUGAAAUCCCAGGUAAAAUAAGAAAAGGAAGUAAAGGCUUAUCAGCUGUGGAAAGUUUAGGAGGAUUAAAAAAAAUAACUGAUGUCUUUAGAUUUCAUAAAAAUAAUUGCAAAUAUGAUGAAAAUUUAAUUUUGCGAAUUAAUAACAAUGAUAUGUUUUCCUCCUUUAUAUCAGCAAAUUGGACAAAUGUUAAUAAUAUUUUAAUAAAAAUUAAAAAAACUAGAAAAAAUAAAUAUAAGUUUGAGUGUCUUGGUUUUGUUAAGUAUUUGUAUUAUUUUGAUAAUAUGAGUGACUUCUAUUAUAUUCCAUCAUUUUAUAAUAGAUAUGAUUAUAAUACAAAUUAUAUACAUUAUUUGACAAAAGGUAAAAAAAAAAAACAGAGGCAAAAAAGCUAUAAUGAUCAUUUUGAAGAUAAUUCCAUUAAAACGCACGAAUCAAAUAUUUAUAACAUGAAUUAUUAUAAAAAUGACUCAUUUUUUUGUUUCAAAAACAAUCAAAUAUAUAAAAGUGUAUCUCAAACUAAUAAGAUUACAGAAGAUAAAAAUGUUACCAAUGAUAUACCUUUUAAUUAUGAUAUCAAUAGUAAAAUAUCAAAUAAUAUUAAUGAAAUUAUUUUAAAUAAUUCUGAAAUUAAUCCUUAUAUACAAAAUAAUCCUUCAACAUAUAGCAAUAAUGAUUUGCAAAAUAAAACAUUUAUCCAUGGCAACUUGGGAAUAGCAACUAGCAAUUUUAUACAUAAUAAAAAUAACUCGAAUUUUUUCUCAGAUAAUAGAACGAAUAGUUUAAAUGAUAAACUUAUAAAUAAUUACAAUACUGAUGUAUGUAUUAAUAUAGAAAAUAAAGAUUUAGAUAAUCAAUUUAAUCGUGUUUCCUUUAAUGAUCAAAUAGAUCAAAUUGAGGAUAUAAAUCAAAAUAAACAGAAAAAAUCCUUGAAUGAUAUGAAUUUAGAAGAUAAAAAUUAUGGAUUAUUUAAUUUAGAUAAAAUAAAAGAGAAUGAAAAAGACGAAAAUAGCGAAAUUAUAAAAAAUAAAGAAAUAGAUGAUCAAACACACCUUCAUAUGGAUAAAUGGAACGGAACAAAUAAAUAUAAAAAUAAUAGUGAAUAUAUUUCCUCGAUAAAUAAAGAAUAUAUAAAUGAGACAUUGAAUAUGCAUAAUCACCAAAACAGUAAUAAUGAUCUUGUUGUGAAUGAAAAUAAGAUGGGCAAUAGCAUUGGUUUUGAUAAUACUAAGCAUCACCAUAUGCAUCCAUUUGAUAGCCAUUUUAAUUAUUAUUUAUCUGAUAUGGAAGAAAAUGAAUUAUUUAAUAAAAUAAUAAAUUCAAAAGUAUGCUCUGAGAUGCUUGAUGAAAAAAAAGAAAUUAACUUUUCUUCAGAUGAAAGCGAAGCCUAUGAAUUACAUUGUUGUAUACAUAGCAAAAGUGUAACUCCAUAUGAUUAUAAAAAUUACGAGUCUAUCAUUACAAAUAAAUAUAUAAGAGAUUUUAAAUAUAUAAUAAGCAAAUUUACAGCAUCAAUUGAUUCAAAAGCGGAGGUAAAAAAAGGAGAAAUGGAAAAUUUUAUUAAAGAAUUAAUAAUAAAUAAUAAUGAAAAAAAAUGCACAAGUGCAUUUACGGAAACAAUGGAACAAGUAAGUAAUAAUAAAAAAAAUAAACAAGUGAAUGAUGAUAAAAAAAAUGUAAUAAGCAAUAGUUUAUAUAAUGAUAUAGAUGAAACUAAUAAGAAUAUGCAAAAUAAGGAAACAUGUGGUACUCAUGAAGAGAACACUUUUCUCCAAAAAAAUAAAAUGAAUGAUAGUAAUUCUACUAUUAAUGAUCCAUUUAAUGAAUUUAAAAAUAUAUCCAAUUCUGAUAAGCAUACUUGUUCUAAUAAUAGUGAUUCUUUAAAUAAAUAUAGCAAUAAAAUUAUAGUAAGCAAAAAAACAGUUCAUUGCAAUCCUAUAGCAAAAUAUGAUGAUCUUACAUUACCUGUCAUUCCUUUUGAUUCAGCAAUAAAAAAGUAUGUUUCAGAUACACUAUAUAGCAAAGUAAAAUUGCUUUUUGAUAUAAGACCUAUAUGGUCAAAAGAUGUUUUAUUAGAACACCUUGAAAAUAUAAGUACAUAUUGCCUAAAAAGUUGCUUUUCAAAAAUUUGUUUUUACUUUGUUGAUGGACCGUGGAGACGCACAUACUGUAAAUAUGGUUAUGAUCCACGUAAGGAUCCCUCAAGUUAUAUUUAUCAAACAAUAGAUUUUAGAGAUAAUUUUUAUAGAAACAUUAAAACAAAAAAUUUAGAAGAUAUAAAUAGAAAUGUCAUAAAAAAGAAAUCUUCUUUAGAUAGUAUUGUAACUAAUUUAAUUAAAAAAAUAAAUAACAAGCAUAAUAUGAUUACUUAUGAUAAUAGUGAUCAUAUGAAGAAUAAUAGUUUUAGUAAAAUACAAGAUGAAAUAAAAAAUCAAGAUAACUGUAAAAGAGAUUGUCAUAUGUAUUCUGAAAUACCCUCUGAAAGUAUCCGAAAUGAUAAUAAUGCGAAAAGUUGUAAUAACUUUCAUAUUAGUAUGAUAAAUACUAUUUCUAAUGACUUAAAUAUUGACAAAGAUAAAUUAGCACAACAAUUAAAUAACUGUGAUUUAAAAGAUGAAAUUUUUUUUCAUGAUGAUGAAGAAAUUAAUGAUAUACUCCAAUUUUUAAAAAGAUCAAAGACUUUUCACCUCAGGCAACAUUUUUCUGCUGAAGUACAUUUUUCCGUAACACCAUUGAAAAUAUCAACAAUUUUUCAAUUUAUAGAUAUUUUUGAUAACAAUGUUUUAAAUUAUUUAUUAAAUGUCAAAACCCAAGAAACAUGCUCAAAGGAUUAUGGAUGGCUCAAUAGUAAAGAUCUUGCAAAAAUUCGAGAUAUUUUAUUUGUUAGAUCUGUUACUUUAAGGCAUGCUCAUUCUAAAUGA